AAAAAAAAAAGCAAAAAGCACAUUCAUAUCAUCACCCUCCUUCUACUUUCUCUCUCCUCUUAAUUUUUUAAAAAUUAAAUCAUUCCCCAAAUUUCACUCUUCCCCCUUCUCUCUCCUCUUUCUAUUGUACACUUUCAAAACCUCCACCUUUUUUUUCUUCUCCAAUAAUCAAUACACUCAUCCUAGAGCUGAUUACUUGUACUACUAUUAUUUUUAAUUUCUAGGGUUUGUAUCGAAUCAAUUAAUUGUUUUGAAAAAGACUAGAUCUUGGAGCUAAAAAGUGAAAAAAUGGCUAACGGAGAAGUAACGGCAGCACCGGCAAGGUUAACGACGUCGGCAUCGUUUAAGUAUAGGAAGAAAAAUGGCGGACAUUCUAGAGUUAAUUCUGAGGUUGAAGAUGUUGUUCAUUUAUUACACGGUUCUGAUCCUGUUCGGGUCGAACUUACCCGGCUUGAGAAUGAAGUUCGAGAGAAGGAUAGAGAAUUAGGAGAAGCACAUACAGAAAUCAAAGCAUUAAAGCAUUCAGAACGCCUCAAAGAAAAGGCAGUUGAAGAGCUUAGUGACGAGCUUCUAAAGGUGGAUGGAAAGUUAAAAGCUACUGAAGCUGUUUUGGAAAGCAAGAACCUUGAAAUCAAAAAGAUCAAUGAAGAAAAGAAAGCUGCUCUUGCUGCUCAAUUUGCCGCAGAAGCCACACUUAGACGAGUGCAUGCUGCUCAAAAGGAUGAUGACAUGCCCCCUAUAGAGGCCAUUAUUGCUCCGCUAGAGGCAGAGCUAAAGCUGGCUAGGCAGGAGAUUGCUAAGUUGCAGGAUGACAACCGGGCGUUGGAUCGUCUCACAAAAUCCAAAGAAGCUGCAUUAUUGGAGGCAGAGAAAACUGUUCAGAUCGCUAUGGCAAAAGCGUCUUUGGUUGAUGAUUUGCAAAACAAGAACCAGGAGUUGAUGAAGCAGAUUGAAAUCUGUCAGGAGGAGAACAAAAUUCUGGACAAAAUGCAUCGUCAAAAGGUAGCAGAAGUUGAAAAGUUAACACAAACUGUUCGAGAGCUUGAGGAGGCAGUAUUGGCUGGUGGAGCUGCCGCCAAUGCUGUGCGUGAUUACCAGCGUAAAGUGCAGGAGAUGAAUGAGGAGAAGAAAACUCUUGACAGGGAGCUUGCUCGUGCUAAAGUUACCGCAAAUAGGGUUGCUACUGUUGUGGCUAAUGAAUGGAAAGAUGGAAAUGACAAAGUUAUGCCCGUAAAGCAAUGGCUUGAAGAGCGAAAAUAUUAUCAGGGUGAAAUGCAGCAACUUCGGGAUAAGCUUGCAGUUGCUGAACGCACAGCCAAAGCAGAAGCACAGUUAAAAGAGAAAUAUCAAUUAAGAUUUAAGGUUUUAGAAGAAAGAUUAAGAGGAUCCGCGAGUACCAACCCUCCGCGUGUCACCCCAGAAAGAAGAAGUCUAAGUAGUGGUCGAACACGGCGUCAGUCUCUUGGAGGAGUGGAAAAUGUCUCAAGGUUGACUUCUAAUGGAUACUUGUCUAAGAGAACCACAAAUUCACCAUCUGGGACUCAAUCCAAUUGUGUAGUUGCACUACUAAAGAACGUUAAGAAUCCUUCACGGUCAUUUGAUGGUGGUGAUAAACCUCAAGGAGAUAAUCCAUGUCCAACAGUGGUUAACGCAGCUUCAAAUGGUAUCGACAAGAUCCAAAAUGGCUCUCGGAAAGACGAUGAUCAUAAUUUAGUUGAAAAACCAAAAACGGACUCUGACGAUGUUGUAUCUGGAGCAUUGUAUGAUAUGUUACAAAAGGAAGUUGUAACUCUCAGGAAAGUCUGUCAUGAGAAAGCUCAGAGUAUCAAGGACAAGGAUGACGCGAUAGAGAUGUUAUCGAAGAAAGUUGAGACCCUAAACAAAGCAAUGGAAGUAGAAGCGAAAAAAAUGAGAAGAGAAGUGGCAGCAAUGGAGAAGGAAGUUGCCGCAAUCCGUAUGAACAAGGAAAAUGAGCAACGAAACCGAAGAAUGAGUAUUGCUAGAGGAGUUGUCAAUGGAUCUCAACCGCGUUCUGCAAGGAACAUUCGGAAUUUGUAGACUAUGAUCUUUGCAUCGACAUGCUUACACGAAGGAUUCGACCUUUCAACUCUAGAAUUAUAGGGCUUUGCAUUCCUUUUUCCUGUUCAUCCUGUAAAGAGCUGACUUGUAUAUUUGUAUUAACAACAUGAUUAUGAUUUAUUUGAGAUUAGUGUUAUGUGAAUUAGGUUUUGAUAUGGUUAUUUUUUAAUUACACCAUAUUUGAAGGAUUUGCUGAGAUUUUUUUUUUCUUUUUGUAAAGGGCAUAGCUACAUGCCCUAGUUGUCAAGUUAGACAUUUUGUCAGAUUGCUAUCUUUGGAAGGAUGGGCUAAAGCUACUUUUGACUUUAACUAGUUAUGGAUUCAUAUUUUCUCUUUUCAA